AGAUCCCGCCCCUUUCACCUGACGCGCCGGACGCUGCAGCGUUAGUUCCUCGGGCACUGAGCUAGGGUUACGGUCCACGCGUCCUUCUCUGUGCUACUUCGGUCCCACCGCUGUCAUGCCUCGGGGAAGCCGCAGCGCGGCUGCCAGGCCGGCCAGCCGCCCAGCCCACCCUCCUGCGCACCCACCACCCUCAGCGGCCGCCCCGGCACCUGCCGCUUCGGGCCAGCCGGGUCUUAUGGCUCAGAUGGCAUCCACCGCCGCAGGCGUAGCCGUGGGCUCAGCUGUAGGGCAUGUCAUGGGUAGCGCCCUGACCAGCGCCUUCAGCGGGGGCAGCUCAGAACCUGCCCAGCCUCCUGUCCAGCAGGCGCCUGCCCGUCCUGCCUCCCAGCCCCUACAGAUGGGGCCCUGCUCCUAUGAGAUCAAGCAGUUCCUGGACUGCUCGACCACUCAGAGUGACCUAACCCUAUGUGAGGGCUUCAGCGAGGCCCUGAAACAGUGCAAAUACAAUCACGGUCUCAGCUCCCUGCCUUGAAGAGGCCAUGGGCUUGCUCUUAGCCUGACCCCUCACCGACAGCCUGAUGGAGAUAAUAUGGUUCCCCGGGAGUAAGAAGGGUAAUUCUUACCCCACAGAUUAACAAAAGACAUAAACACUCAAUAAAAGAGUUUACUUUA